GAUACUCGGGGCCAUGGAGUCUCAGGUGGCAGGGGGCCCGGCCGGCCCGGCCCUGCCCAAUGGGCCACUCCUUGGUACAAACGGAGCCACUGAUGACAGCAAAACCAACCUCAUCGUCAACUACCUGCCCCAGAACAUGACCCAGGAUGAGUUCAAGAGUCUCUUCGGCAGCAUUGGUGACAUUGAGUCCUGCAAGUUGGUUCGGGACAAGAUCACAGGGCAGAGCCUCGGCUACGGGUUUGUGAACUACUCUGACCCCAACGACGCAGACAAAGCCAUCAACACCCUCAACGGCCUCAAACUACAGACAAAGACCAUCAAGGUGUCCUAUGCCAGACCCAGCUCUGCAUCCAUCCGGGAUGCCAACCUGUACGUCAGCGGGCUCCCCAAGACCAUGAGCCAGAAGGAAAUGGAGCAGCUCUUCUCCCAAUACGGUCGGAUCAUCACUUCCCGGAUCCUGGUGGACCAGGUCACAGGUGUGUCUCGGGGUGUGGGGUUCAUCCGCUUUGACAAGAGGAUUGAGGCCGAGGAGGCCAUCAAAGGACUGAAUGGGCAGAAGCCGCUGGGUGCAGCCGAGCCCAUCACGGUCAAGUUUGCCAACAACCCAAGUCAGAAGACGGGGCAGGCCCUGCUCACGCACCUUUACCAGUCAUCGGCCCGGCGCUAUGCAGGCCCCCUGCACCAUCAGACACAACGCUUUCGGCUGGACAACUUACUCAACAUGGCCUACGGAGUCAAGAGGUUCUCGCCCAUCGCCAUCGACGGCAUGAGCGGCCUGGCGGGCGUGGGCCUGUCGGGGGGUGCCACGGGCGCCGGCUGGUGCAUCUUCGUGUACAACCUGUCUCCGGAGGCGGACGAGAGUGUGCUGUGGCAGCUGUUCGGGCCCUUCGGGGCGGUCACCAACGUCAAGGUCAUCCGCGACUUCACCACCAACAAGUGUAAGGGCUUCGGCUUUGUCACCAUGACCAACUACGACGAGGCGGCCAUGGCCAUCGCCAGCCUCAAUGGCUACCGCCUGGGCGAGCGUGUGCUGCAGGUGUCCUUCAAGACCAGCAAACAGCACAAGGCCUGAGCCACCUCCGCCCUCCCCACCUCCCCGGGCAGCAGAGAGAGAGAGAGAGUUUGAGAGAGAGAGAGAUUGAGAGAGAGAGAGAGUUUGAGAGAGAGAGAGAGAGAGGGAGAAGGGGCCCGAGAGAGACAGCGCAGGCAGACCACGGACGGCACGAGGCCCCACACCCCUGCGAAGCCACAGGGUGAGCACUCGGGCUGGGAGGGUCUGCAGGGAAUGGGGGGGCCUGGGGUCCCCCACCCCGUCCUCCUGCCCCUACCCCAGGCUGGGCUGUUCACUCUCUCGUCUUGGUUUUGUUCAUGGAGAUGGUUUUUGUUUCUUUUUUCGGCUGAAAAGAAAGCAGAGAUGUGCCCCCACCCAACCGCCAACCAGCUGCACAGGAUGGUUUUGGGCGGGUGCUGGGUGCCCUCCAGGCCUCCCCACACUGAGGUGAGCCUGAGGGGGGGAGGAGACAGGUUUAAAAAUCCCCAACAAAGCGAAACAUGAGGGGUGUGGGCAUCCUGGCCCCCUCGGUGCAUUGUGAGGAGCAGGGUGAGGGGCUGGAGACAAACAAAACGGAAAAAAAAGGGGGGGGGGGGGGGAGGGGGAGAAAAACUCUAUUUUUGUAAAAAGGGGAAAAAGACCUCGUGGAGAAUUUUUACUGGGGAUUCUUGAACUUGAAAAAAAAAACACAAAAAAAGACAAAAAAAAAAAGAAAAUAUUUUGACAGGUUAUGUUUACCAACUGGGCAAAGACGGGAAGCAGGGCCUGGGGCCGGGGCCCAGGGGCCGCACAGAGACACUCGCCCCCCAGGAACACACAGCACUGACAGACGCGACAACCCUGACACACAGGAACUGGCCAAACAGACACGGAGACGCACACAGACUGGAGUGGGAGCCAUGUGAAUGUGGAGCGAUCGGACACGGACAUGGACAAACGUGUCACAGGCAGACGUGGACAGAGGUGACUGUGGACAGCGGACGUACAAAUAUGUCCACGCGCUCACGUGAAGACGUGAAAGUGGAGACAUACAUUUGGAGACACAAAUCCAGACACCCAGUCUCAGACACAACACCCAGGAACACACAGACACGCCCACAGUUCCCUCGGACCCAGGCGCCCAGCCCUCCCGGCACCCAGCCCCGCUCGCCCUGCCCCAGGGUCUCUGCAGAGCUCUCUCCUGGCUCAUCAGUGGUCCGUGCCGCCCGUGAACACAGGCGUGCACACAGCGUCCUGCAUCCAGACACACGAUACCUCGUUCACUUUUGGCAUCAUGGUGGGCUGGAGGCAGCACCCCCCAAUACUUGAGGCCAAAGGACCCCUUGUCCCUGGGGCUGAGCCGUCUCUGGGGCUGAGCCUCCCCCCGGCCCAGGCCCUGGCCCGUGAGGCCAAGGGCGAGGCCAGGCCCUGAGCCUCCCCCGGCCCAGGGCCUCCCCGUCAGGCCCAGUGUGGACAGGCCCAGGGGCCCCGCCCCGCUUUUCCUCCCCAUCCACUCGUCACCCCUUUUAGUUUGUUGGGGUUUUCCAUCUUUCCGAUGAGUGAGGGCGGUGGACACAGCUCCCAUCCCAAGCCCCAGCCCUGGCUUCUGUCUGGACUUUCCAUCCCCCUAGUUUUCAUUCUUUGUAACGAAAAAUUCCAACAGAAGCCCAAGGCGGGAGCCCCUGGGAGCCCCUGGGAGCCCCUGCAGCCCCCACCCCUCGCAGUGGGCCCAGUCAGAACUGAAAAUUGCAAACCCCGAUUUUAGAUUCAGUUGACCUUUCUCCGGUGUCCUGCUUUGGUGUCUGGCCAUGGCCCCAUCUGACUGCCCAGCUCUCUCUCCCCACCCUCCCUGGUGUUUGUUAUUAAACGUCUGUGGAGCUUCUGCUGCAAGGAACAAAAAGAAAAAAUUUAAAAAGCAACAAAAAAAUACAAAGAAGAGAAAAACAAAAAAAAAAAGAAGAAAAAAAAAAAACACUGAAGAGAUUUAAAAAAAGAAAAAAAAAAAGACAUAAACUGGCACCAGUUAACUUUCUUGUACUUUUUUGCCGAAUUUAGCUUCUUGUAGUUUUAACUUAUUGCUAUGUUAACUAUUUAUUCUUGUUGCCCUGUAAGAACAUUUGUGUAUAUUUCUGUUCCUUCAUCCAGUUUGCAAGUUUAAAGGAACCACGAUGUUCUCUUUGUUUCUUUAAGUUUUGCUGAGACGUGGUUAUGCCUAAUUUAUUUAUAAAGGGGAAGUGGAAUCAUUAAAGUAAUAAUUAUUAAUAACAGGAACGGUAGCCGGUGGCAGCGGUGGGGCGUGUGCGCUCUCCGGGGCGGCCCCCACCUGGCCAACGACGUCCGGUCUCAAUGGGAUUCUUUUUGCUCGUCUUGAGAAUUUUUUCAGUCCUAUUUAGCUGGUGAAAACCCUAGCUUGUUCUUGGUACACGAACCUAUUUAUUCUUGUGGUUUUAAGUCCUGAUCUCCCUGCUCCCCUCCAGCAGGGCAGGCCCCCCGCGGGUCCCUCCCUCUCCCUCUGUUUCUUGGGGCUUUCUCCCCUCUGCCCUCCCUGCACGCAGGGACACGUGUGCACACGUGGGCAGCGUGCCGGGGGCAUCCGUGAGCAAUAAGGGCUGGGUUUGUCCCCCACCUGGGGGUGCUGGGUUCUGGAGAGGGCCCCUCCCCCCCCAACCCCCCCCCCCCACUGAGGCCUAGGCCCCUGCUACCCCCAGACUGGGAGUGCACUUCUUUUUCUAAAACACAGAACUCAGCCCAGCCAGCCAGCCCCUACCAGGAGGCCGGCCCAGGGGAAGGGCCUGGGGUCUUCCAUGUCUCUGGGGGGCAGGGGCAGGGCCCUUGGGGAGGGGCUCAGCCCCGCAAGCCCUCCCUUCAUCCUGUUAUUUAUUCGGAAGGUUUCACAUCAUGACAGUCCGUAUGUUGGAGAUGAUAAAGAACUGCAAAAAAAAAAAAAAA